UUUUUUGUUUUUAUUUGCAAAAAGUGACCAGUGCAGCCUACUAUCAAAAUAACAAUUUAUUUGGAAAUUUAACCAGCUAGAAUCGAUCUACUUAUCGCAUUACUUCGAUCUGCCACAUACAUCCAUCUCGCAAGCAGCUGAAGCUUUUCAUUUUUCAUUAAAUUUACUCGAAGAACAUCAUGGCAGCACAGUGGGUUGGCUACACGGUUGCGAUCAACUGCGGCUCGGUUCUUGGCACUUUCAAAGGUGUUAUCGCCAAAGUUGAGGCCAGUGACCAGAGCAUCACCCUGAGAAAUGCAGACAGAAACGGAGUGCCGUGCACUUCGCGAGAAAUCACUAUCAGGGCAACUGACAUCAAAGACCUGGAGAUUUUGCAGAAGUCUUUCCCACAAGAUCAAGCCCAGGCUCCACCUCCUCAGCCCUUUCAGAAUGGACAGGUUAAAUCUGCUUUUCACGCUGCGGCCCCGCAUUCUUCGCACGACGGAAUGUUGCGGGACUUGCAGGCUUUGUCUUUGUCACCUAUAAGGCGUGAAAUCCCCAUCAAACUUCGGCCAGGAUCAAGUGGUCGAUGCCUCUUUCCUGACGGCUUCCGCUCUCCCAGCAAAAAAGAUAGGCACUUUAAACAAAGGGACGUUGCAGCAUUUGGGUCACCUAUUGACAACGCUGUUCUAGAGGAGGACUUUGACUUUGAAAAAAAUCUAGCCCUCUUCAACAAACAAGCCGAGUAUGAAAUGAUUAACCAACAAAGCAGCAGACCUGAUUUGGUGAAACAAGCAGAGACACCUCAGAAGUACCGUCACGAUGAAAAUGUCCUCGAAGCGACUCCUGCCAAGUACAGGCAGAUAAAAGUUCCAGGCAACAUCUCCCUUGAAUAUGUGACAGACUCUGGUUUGGUGGUGCCUUCGAUUUCGAUUUCUCUGCGCAAUCAACUUUUGGGACUAUCUGAGAGACUAGGAGUCACAAUUGAACGACAAGCUGAACUGAUGGGAAGAGCGGCGACCGAAAUCGCAUUGCAGCUUCUGGGAGGAGGUCACAGACUGAAUCCUCGAAACGCCCAUCAACUUCCAAAUGUGGUCGUCUUCUGUGGUAGUCAGAGGAGUGCCGUUCUAGGUGCCAACUGUGCCAGACAACUUUCCAGCCACGGCAUACCUGUCCAGGUUGUCAUCCCUGAGUCAGGAAUCUCAUCGGAACUCUACAGAGAACUCUCCAUGUUUAGACUGACCAAGAACCCUGUUCUCACAAACAUGCAAGGCUUAACUGGAAAAACUGCCGAUCUGAUCAUCGUGGCCAUUGAUGACCCGCAAAUGGACGAUUUUCCCAACAAGCCUCAGCCUGAUUGGCUUCCCUUUGCCAUCGACUGGAUCAAGAGCAGCCGAGCACCAGUGAUGGGUCUGGACCCUCCCCCGCAAGGCACUGGGGUUGAACUCAAGUUGUCCCUGGUGGGUUCCCUUCCUCUGGCCCACAGUCCAAACAACGGGAACUUAUACCUCUGCAACAUGGCACUUCCAGUUUCUAUUUAUCAAGAACUGGGGAUCACCUACAAAUCACCGUUUGGUCCCAAGUUCUUCAUUCCCAUCCAUCAGAAGUCAUAAAUGAAUUUUACAUCUUGAGGCUGAAUCGAUAACAUCUAGAAAUUUUGUAUUACGUAUUGUGUUCUGCCUCGAACUAUUUAUUUUUAAUGUGUCAAAAAUAAAUUAAACCAAGUGUUACGAAUUUUAUUCAUUUUUUUUUUAUCUUUCAACAAAAAUUUCUUUAAAUAUAUAUUUUUGACAAGGAAAUUUAAAUCUGAAA